AUGACCUCUCUGUUCUCAAAAUCUAGAGCUCUCACUUCUCAUAUCUCCGACUUCAAAACUUACCGUCCAGUCACCGGAAAACUUCAUGUAGCCACCUUAACACUUCUCCUCUUCCUUGUCGCCGCCGGUGUUGCCGUCACUUCCUCUCUAUGGCUUAACAAGGCAACGACACAAUUUGAUCGACCGACAUUAGUAACAGCAACAAAACCGGUACGGGAGCUAGAACCACCGCAAAAAACCGGAGUGUUGGUAAAUUGCACAAGUUUGUUGAAUCAGAACCGGUCCGGUUCUUGCUCAAGUAACAAGACAGAAUCAUAUAAUCGACCGACAAUUACAACAACAAAACCGGUCCCGGUAGAUUGCAUAAGUUUCUUGAAUGAAAACCGGUCCGGUUCUUGCUCGAGAACACCUCAACCCGAUAAUAACCAUAACCAAACCGAAUCGAACCGGUCUUGUCCCGAUUACUUCAAGUGGAUACACGAGGAUCUCAAACCAUGGAGAGAAACCGGGAUAACAAGAGAAAUGGUGGAAAAAGCCAAAACGACAGCGCAUUUCAGGUUAGUCAUCGUAAACGGCAAGGUGUUCGUCGAAAACUACAGGAAGUCUAUACAGACUAGAGACGCGUUCACACUGUGGGGGAUUGUUCAGCUGCUGAGAAAGUAUCCAGGGAAGUUGCCUGACGUGGAUCUCAUGUUUGACUGCGAUGACCGGCCAGUCAUUAGAUCUGACGGUUAUAAUAAAUCCAAUCGUACGGCUGAAGAUGGACCACCUGCGUUGUUUCGGUAUUGUGGAGAUAGAUGGACGGUGGAUAUCGUCUUUCCCGAUUGGUCAUUUUGGGGAUGGCAAGAGAUAAACAUAAAGCCAUGGAGCAAAGUGUUGAAAGACAUGGAAGAAGGGAAAAGGAAGAAGAAGUUUAUGGAAAGAGAAGCUUAUGCGUAUUGGAAAGGGAACCCUUUUGUUGCAUCUCCUUCAAGAGAAAAUCUUCUCACUUGCAAUUUAUCCUCACAACAUGAUUGGAAUGCUAGAAUUUUCAUUCAGGACUGGAUAUCAGAAGGACAAAAAGGAUUUGAGAAUUCAAAUGUAGCAAAUCAAUGCACUUACAGGUACAAGAUAUAUAUAGAAGGGUAUGCAUGGUCAGUGAGUGAGAAGUACAUAUUAGCAUGUGACUCAGUCACAUUGAUGGUGAGACCUUAUUACCAUGAUUUCUUCUCAAGAACUCUUCAACCUCUCCAACACUAUUGGCCCAUUAAGGAUAAAGAUAAAUGUAGAUCCAUCAAAUUUGCUGUUGAUUGGCUUAAUAAUCACACUCAAAAGGCUCAAGAGAUUGGAAGAGGAGCAAGUGAGUUCAUGCAACGAGAUCUAUCGAUGGAAAAUGUGUAUGAUUACAUGUUCCAUUUGUUGAAUGAAUACUCAAAGCUUCUUAAGUUCAAGCCUCAAGUUCCUGAAAACAGUGUUGAAAUCUGCACAGAAGCAAUGUUGUGCUCUUCUGAAGAUUUUAAUGGGGCUAAUAAGAAGUUCUUGAUGGGCUCUUUAGCUGACGAGCCUCACAUUUCAAGCCCAUGUUCACUUCCUCCUCCUUUUGAUCCCAAUGGUCUCGAGAAGUUCCACAGGAAGAAAUUGAAUCUUAUCAGGAAAGUGGAGAAAUGGGAAGACGCUUACUGGGAAAAAGGUUCAAUAAAAUGA